CAAAACCCUUCUUUCCAUUUCACAAUAUCUCACUUCUCAACCAGAAUAUGGCCAAAUUCAGCUUCUCCUUGCUGCUCAUCCUCCUCUCUAUUCUCUCCCUUUUGAGCAGUGUUGAGCCUUCCUUUGCCAGCCAUCCUCAACAGCCUCGACGUUCCCGGGCCCGGGCCUACAUCGAGGCCUCGUGCCAGACCACCCGUUACCCAAAGUUAUGCGUUCACUGCCUCUCCACCUACAUCAAGCCCAACAUGACCAUCCAAAGCCCACAGCAGCUGGCCCAAGUUGCCUUGUCCGUGAGCCUGUACCGCGCCCAGUACGCAAGAGCAUAUGUCCUCAAGGUGGCAAGAGAGCUCAAGGAACUGAAGGCCAGAGAAUACCAAGUUGUGCAUGAUUGCUUGAACCAGAUCAAUGAUAGUGUGGCCCAACUCAGUGAGUCCAUUAAAGAACUACGUCGUUUAGGGCAAGCAACUGUGGGUGAUGACUUGUUCUGGCACAUAAGCAAUGUUGAGACUUGGGUGAGCACAGCUUUAACUGACGCAUACACUUGCGUGGAUGAGCUUCCAGGGAAGAAUAUGAGCAAGUUGAAGGCCACCAUUAAAGGGAAGGUGCUGAAUGUGGCUGAGGUCACCAGCAAUGCUCUGGCUUUGUUUCAUAGAUUUGCUCAAAGGUACCGAGCUGCAAAGAAGCCCUGAGGGCUGGCUUUAGGUAGCUAAGCCUUUUGAGGAUUUCAUGCGUUUUGGUUUUGUGUCAUGGUUUAAUUUAGUCUUGUUCUUUUAUAUAUGUUAAUUGUUCAUGUUAAUAUCAAUGUAUGAAAUACACACAAUGAAGCCUAU